UACUAAAAUAAAUGCCCCUUAAUCAACUUGUUUUAACUGAAGUUUCCCUGAUUUGUCCUCAGAGUUCAGAAAUGUCUUCUGGCAGCAACCUGCAGUCUAAAGAUCAGUUUCUUUGCUCCAUCUGUCUGGAUGUGUUCACUGAUCCAGUCACCACACCAUGUGGACACAACUUCUGCAAAACCUGCAUCACUCAGCUCUGGGAUAUAAAUGUUCCCUACAAGUGUCCUCUGUGCAACAAGCAUUUCACCUCCAGGCCUCAGCUGGGAGUCAACACUUUAUUAAAAGAGAUGGUUGAUCAGUUCAGAGGUGAAGCUCAGCAGGAAGCCAGCAGCAGCUCAGAGCAACAAGCUGCCAAACCAGGAGAAGUUCCCUGUGACGUCUGCACUGGACCCAAACUGAAGGCCCUGAAGUCCUGCAUGGUGUGUCUGCUCUCCUACUGCCAGACUCACCUGGAGCCUCACCUGACCGCUCCACGUCUGAAGAAACAUCAGCUGAUGGAGCCGGUGGAGAACCUGGAGGACAGGAUGUGUCUGCAGCACGAUAAACCUCUGGAGCUGUUCUGUAGGACAGACCAGACAUGCGUCUGCUUGGUCUGUCCUGUUUUAGACCACAAGAACCACGAGUUUGUUCCUCUGAGAGAAGAAUCUGAAGGAAAGAAGGCAGAGCUGAGGAAGACGGAGGCUGAAGUUCAGGAGAUGAUCCAGAAGAGACGACUGAAGAUCCAGGAGAUCAGAGAGUCGGUGAAGAUCAGUAAAGAUGCUGCAGACAGAGAGAAAGCUGGAGGUGUUCAGAUCUUCACGGCUCUGAUAGAGUCUGCUGAGAGAGGCCUGAAGGAGCUCCUCAAGGAGAUCCAAGACAAACAGGAAACUACAGAGAAACAGGCUGAAGACUUCAUCAGAGAUCUGGAACAGGAGAUCUCUGAGCUGAAGAAGAGGAGCUCUGAGGUCAAGCAGCUCUCACAGGAUGAAGAUCACCUCCACCUCCUCCAAAGCUUCUCCUCCCUGAAAGAUGCUCCACCCACCAAGACCUGGACAGAGGUCAGAGUUCAUCCACCAUCAUAUGAGGGGACUGUGGUGAGAGCUGUGGUUCAGGUUGAGCAGAAGAUCAGGGAGACAAUGAUGAAGAAGUUGAUGGAGGCUGAGAUGAAGAGGAUCCAUCAGUUUGCUGUUGAUGUGACUCUGGAUCCUGAUACAGCUCAUCCUAACCUCAUCCUGUCUGAUGAUGGAAAACAGGUGAAAAAUGGAGACGAGAGGAAGAAUCUUCCAGACAAACCAGUGAGAUUUUCCCAGUGUCCGUGUGUUUUAGGACAGCAGAGUUUCUCUGCAGGCAAAUUUUACUUUGAGGUUCAGGUUAAAGGAAAGACUAACUGGGAUUUAGGAGUGGCCAGAGAAUCCAUCAACAGGAAGGGAAUAAUCACACUGAGACCUCAGGACGGUUUCUGGACUGUUGUGCUGAGAAAAGGAAAUGAGUACAAAGCUGCUGCUGGACCUUCAGUGCGUCUCCAUCUCCAUCCUGGUCCUCAGAAGGUGGGGGUGUUUGUGGAUUAUGAGGAGGGUCUGGUCUCCUUUUAUGAUGUAGAUGCUGCAGCUCUGAUUUACUCCUUUACUGGCUGCUGCUUCAAGGAGAAACUCUACCCAUACUUUGGUCCAUGUCCUAAUGCUGGAGGUAAAAACUCUGAUCCUCUGAUCAUCUGUCCUGUUAAUCAGGCUGAUUGUUGA